AUGAAGGUCGAAGGCCAAUCAGAGAGCACAGACGAUUCUGGGUCAGUGUCUGGUGUUGGAAGUGAGAGAGGUCGGGUUGUUUCUGACCACUGCAUGUCGAGGCUCCUGAGAGCGGUUGAGAGCCAGCUGGAGGCUGGGCUAGCCAAGGGGGACCCCAUGGAGAAGGAGCUGCGUGUGACCCUGGAGGACAGUGACCUGUGGAGGAAGUUUCAGAGUGUCACCAAUGAGAUGAUUGUAACUAAGAACGGCCGGCGGAUGUUCCCGGUCCUGAGGAUGAGUGUCUCUGGCCUUGACCCCACAUCCAUGUACUCUUUAUUCCUGGACUUUCCUCCUGCUGAUGGCUUUCGCUGGAAGUUCAUCAAUGGAGAAUGGGUGUCAGCUGGCAGGGCCGAGCAGCAUGCUGAGGGGCGUGGCGAUGGUGGUGUCUACAUCCACCCUGACUCCCCAAACUUCGGUGCACACUGGAUGAAAGCAGCGGUGACCUUUAACAAGGUUAAGCUCACCAACAAAGUCAAUGGAGGGGGACAGAUCAGCCUGUGCACUCUGCAUAAAUAUGAGCCUCACCUUCAUAUUGUGCAUGUCGGAUCUCGUCACCGUCUGGUGUCCAACUUUUCCUUCAAAGAGACACAGUUCAUCGCUGUCACGGCCUAUCAGAAUGAGGAGAUAACAGCGCUGAAGAUCAAAUACAACCCUUUCGCUAAAGCCUUCCUCGAUGCAAAAGACAGGAACACAUGUAAGCAGGGCACAGCAGAUCCACCUGAUGGGCGAGUUCGUCAGACCUGCUGGUCAUUGUGCUCAGCUGGUCAGGUCGGAGGUUUUCCCCGCGAUAGACGCCUGGCCCAGCAUCACUAUGGUUACACUGGAAGACACUCACCUUAUCCCACCUCUUACCUUUCACACUGGUCCCACCCUCCAGUUCAGAGAGUAUCAGAUGGAUGGAGUUCAGCCCCACCCUCUUCGUCCUCCUCACUCACAGGAAUCAACCCCUCCUCUCAGCCUUGCCACAACUCCAGUCAGUACCCAUGUCUCUGGGCGGUUGGAUGUGGCGAACAAAACACCCACUCACCACAAGCUCUGUGUGGAACAAUGGGCAAUGAGAUGCUUUUGCAGCCUGCCGGUCACUUUCAAAUGGGUGGAACCAGCUGGCCCCCGGGUCCAGCUCAUGCCAUCUGAGGUGAAUCCGACAUCAAUUGAAGAAGCCCUGUUCCUGUGCACAGUAUUGUUGCAAUUGUUGUUUCAAUCUGCAUUAUACAAAGUGAAUGAUAUUAACUUGCUCCUGUUCCUGUUGAUGGUGUUGCUUAAUCCACAAAUCAUCCGAUUAUCUCGGUGUUUGUUCAAUAAACAUUUGCUCAUUCAAAUAUAAUUGUGUAUGUA